AUGUUUCAGCCGUGGGUUCCAAGCCCUACGUUAGAGUGGGCUCCGUCGACGUCCUCGCAGGGCAAUGCGGUGUGGGUCCGAAGGUCCAUUCCUGCGGCCCUUCUGGCAUGGUCAUGGACUACCUCCCCGGGCGGACCCUUGAGGAGGCAGACGUGCACUCCGGGAACCAGAGGCUGCUUGAGGCCAUCGCAGAGAGGCUCAGCGAGUUGCACAGGCAGCCAGCGCCGAAGUCGACCAAAGGCGAGCCAAUGCUUUGGCGGACCAUGGACAAAAUGCUGCCGGCCACGGUUUAAUGCGGUUUUGGGGUUUAGGGGUCAGGGGCGAAUGGGUCCAAGGGUUUAG